UCUUGCAUGGAGCGGCUCCUGUCCAAGGAAUGGAAGGAGCGCGUUGACUGCUUGAACGCCACUGAACUGCUGGCGGAGGUCAAAGGUACACCAGAGUCCCUGGAGGAGAAGGAGCACCAACUUUCCACCAUGAUCAGCCAGCUGAUCAAUCUGAGAGAGCAGCUCCUUGCCGCCCAUGAUGAGCAGAAAAAGAUGGCCGCCUCACAGCUGGAGAAGCAGAGACAACAGAUGGAGCUGGCCAGGCAGCAGCAGGAGCAGAUUGCCAGACAACAGCAGCAGCUCGUGCAGCAGCAGCAAAAGAUAAACAUUCUCCAGCAACAGAUCCAGGUCCAGGGUCACAUGCCUCCGCUGAUGAUCCCACUGUUUCCUCAUGACCAGAGGUCCUUGGCUGCUGCUGCUGCUGCACAGCAAGGUUUCCUCUUCCCACCAGGCAUGUCCUACAAGCCAGCAGGUGAUAAUUAUCCCAUGCAGUUCAUUCCAUCUUCAAUGGCAGCUGCAGCAGCAUCUGGACUCAGCCCAUUACAACUACAGCAGCUGUAUGCAGCCCAGCUGGCAAGCAUGCAGAUCUCACCAGGAGCCAAGAUGACUCCCCUCCCGCAAGCUCCCAACUCCUCUGGUCCCCUUUCCCCCUCUGCCUUGAAGAAUGAGAAGCGGGCUUGCAGUCCUAUCACUCAUAUUAAGGAGGAAGGAUCCACACAGCCACUGAACCUCUCCGCCAGGCCUAAGACAGCUGAGGCUCUUCGCUCCCCAGCAUCCCCAACACAGAGUCUGUUCUCUGGGAGUAAGACCAGCCCUACAGGCAUGGGCAAGGGCUGCAUCCCUAGCCCUACCCCCCACAUGGGCAGGAACACCUCUCUUGACAUCCUGUCCAGCCUAAAUUCCACAGCGUUUGGGGACCAGGACGCAGUGAUGAAGGCCAUCCAGGAGGCCAGGAGCAUGAGGGAGCAGAUCCAGAGGGAGCAGCUCCACCAACAGCAGCAGCAGUCAGGACACCAGAGUCUGGAGGCCAAGCUGUCUGCCCUCAGCAGCAUGACCCUCAACAAUGGCAACAAGGAGAGGUUGCACUAUGAGACACUGAGCCAGCACCUGGGGAAGCUUGGAGAGGAUGCUGGGAAAAUGGUCCACCGAGUCAUUGACCUGACAAGACCAGAAGAUCUAGAUGGGAGUAACAUCACUGAGGCACGCGUGUUCAGGGAGGCACGAGGCAGGAACAACAACGAGCCCCACAUCAAGAGGCCCAUGAACGCCUUCAUGGUCUGGGCUAAAGACGAGAGGAGGAAGAUCCUGCAGACGUUCCCGGAUAUGCACAACUCCAACAUCAGCAAGAUACUCGGCUCCCGUUGGAAAGCCAUGACCAACCAGGAGAAACAGCCAUACUACGAGGAGCAGGCGCGCUUAAGCAAGAUCCACUUGGAGAAAUACCCCAACUACAAAUACAAGCCGCGGCCCAAGAGAACCUGCAUCAUUGAUGGCAAAAAGCUGCGCAUCGGCGAGUACAAACAGUUGAUGCGGUCACGGCGUCAGGAGAUGAGGCAAUUUUUUGUGGGGCCCCAGCCAUCAAUUCCUCUCAGUAACAGCCCAGGUGGAGUUUACCCAGGUGCCAUAAACAUGGCAACAGCAGCCACACCAUCCCCACACCUGACCUCGGACUGCUCCAGCAACUCGGUCAGCCCCGAACCAGCCAUCCCUGUCAUUCAGAGCACGUAUGGGGUAAAGACCGAGCCCGGCGGUGGCGGCAGCAACGGCGGUGGAGUCCGAGCUUUGGAUAUGCCCAGCGAUCCCACCAAUGGAGAUGAUGACAUGGACAUGUACGAUGACUUUGAAGAUGAGCCCAAGUCAGACUAUAGCAGUGACCACGAGACACGGGAAGCCGUCAGUGCCAACUGAGUGUGCUCAGGGUGCCAGUUGUAAAAAGAAGAAGAAAAAAAAAACUCCUGUUAUACGCAGAAACACUUUUUAAAACAUAGUUUAUUACAGAGACCUCCAGGCAACUCUUCAGGACGUGCUGUGUCAUGCACUGAGCAUGCCCACAUGACAGGAUUUAAACUAAACGCUGAAAACAUUUUUGGACAAUGUACUAAUGGAUGUCCAGUUGAAGGAGAGGGCUGCUGGGAAGAACGUGACAUGCAUUCAGCUGACGAUGAACUUCAGUUUCUACACGGUGACAAUCUUCAUAGGAGUGAACAAGAGUUAGGGGAGAGAGAGUGAGAGAGAGAAUGGGACGAAGAACAAAUGAACGACAAACACAUCGUUGUGUGGUUUGUAAAGAGCAUGCAUGGAUUUUGAAGCAUCAGGAAUUGGUCUUCAACGGCUAUUUGGUCUUAAAUGUUUAAGGAGUGAUUUAGUUUUUAUCAUUAUGUAUUUACUUUUUAGAUUUUUGUUUUGUUUUUUUAGACUUUUGUUGUUGUUUUGUUGUCUAUAGACUUUUGUCUGACAGGUCUCUGCCUGUACAAACUCUGGACUUGAAAUUUGAAAAGUUUAAUAUAAACCCUAGCUCUUGUAA